AUGCCUCCCCAGCCAGGAAUAUUCUACGACUCGAAGGCCAAACAGCACAGGAACAUAUAUCCAGACUACUCGGACUUGGAUGGAGACUUCCCAUACCACCACAAUCACGCAGUAGUUGCUGGUCCGAGUUCAAGGCCUCACGUUAUCGGUGAUGACGCGAGGAAAGAAAAGAAGAGAAAAGAGCUUGCCGGAAAACUAGGGAAGGAGAUGAACGAACGCCGUGACGACGGCCGCGCAUUCGCCGAAACCCUGAACCACCUUCAAUACACGACCCAACAGCUGGCUACCAAGCCAGAAGACAAUCCUUUAUACAACCUCCGCUUGCUGCCUCUUUCAUUAGAACGAUCGGCUCUGUUGGCGCAAAUGGACGCGGAAGAGCAACAUUCAUUAGAUUGCGUGCAGGCUGCCUACGACGAAGAAAGGGAGCGUGUAGAAGAUGAGUGGAAGCGGGGACGCGAUCGGGUACGGGAGCGUUUGCUCGAGGGUAUAGAAGAGCGUCGUAGGAGGGCCAGGGAAGAAAAGGAAGGGGAAGGUACCGUUGGAGAUCCUACACUAGAUUCACAAAGCCGACCUCAUAUAACGAGGAAGCUACGAAACAAAAUGGGAACAUCGCCACCACCAACGCCUAUGGGUGCUCCAGGAUCGGCGCUUCAGAACGGGAGUGGACUCAACAGCGGCGUAGCUAUAACGACAGGUCCAUUCUCCAAUCCACAUUCACUGUCGGUCGACGAGCUACCGUCACCCUUCCCCCUCCCUUUGACCUCGACUACCCUUCCCAGCGGCCUAGGAGCUGGCGCCAAUGGCACUGGUGCCAGCGGCGCAACAACUGGCCGGCGUCGGCCCAAAGGCGGAGGAGCUCAAAGUCAGGCCAUCGGAGGACUAGGCAAGAGCUUAGCGAUGUUGGCUGGCUGUAAAGAAGCCGAGGCAGACAGCGAUUUGGGCGAGAUUCGAAGAGGAAAUAAACGUCGGAGGGUUACCGCCACGACUGUAGGCAAGAACGCGGUAUAG